AUGGCACCGCAGCAGUCGGAACGGAAGCCUUCGACCACUGACUCGGUGAAGACUGGGAUGACGAUGACCGAGAAGAUACUGGCUAGGGCUUCUGAGAAAACCCAGUUCAUCCCUGGUGAGAAUGUUUGGGUUAACAUUGGUGUUCUAAUGACCCAUGAUGUUUGCGGCCCUGGUUCAAUUGGAAUCUUCAAGAAAGAAUUUGGAGAGAAUGCCAAGGUUUGGGAUCGGGAGAAGAUUGUAAUAAUACCAGACCAUUACAUAUUCACGAGUGAUGAACGUGCAAACCGUAAUGUGGAUAUACUAAGGGAUUUCUGCAUGGAGCAAAACAUCAAGUACUUUUAUGAUAUUAAAGAUCUUGGUAAUUUUAAGGCUAACCCAGAUUACAAAGGUGUAUGCCAUAUUGCUCUUGCACAAGAAGUUCCAAUGUUGUUAAACCCUAUUCAUUGCAUUCAGGUCCUGCUGGGUACAGACUCUUGCACUUGUAAAAUUGGAGCAUUUGGCCAAUUUGCCACUGGAAUUGGCAACACUGAUGCAGGUUUUGUGUUGGGCACUGGGAAACUCCUGCUCAAGGGCAAAAAGGUCAACGUUCCAACAUUCCUUGUUCCUGCAACCCAAAAGGUUUGGAUGGAUUUAUAUGGUCUCCAAGUACCAGGAUCUGGUGGCAAGACUUGCUCCCAGAUAUUUGAAGAAGCUGGAUGUGACACACCUGCAAGUCCCAGUUGUGGUGCUUGCUUGGGUGGCCCUAAAGACACCUAUGCACGCAUGAAUGAACCAAUGUUUCUUCUAUGCUCUCUCUCAAAUCAAGUGUGGCGAAGCAGUGUAGUGGUGCUAAGGUUUGAAGGAACAUUGAAAAGGUUGCAUAAAGCUCUCUAUGGCCUCCGACAGUCACCACGUGCAUGGUACUCCAGCCUAAGUAAUCGCCUGGUUGAUCUUGGUUUUAAUAUCUCUAUUGCCGAUCCUUCACUAUUUUUGUGCACUACUUCAAACAACAAGCUAUGUGUCCUUGUGUACGUGGAUGACAUGUUAAUUACAGGAUCCUUAAUUCAGCAAAUCUAUGAUCUUGUUGAAGGUCUGCGAAGUGAUUUUCCUAUCACUGAUCUUGGUGUUUUACGGUAUUUUCUGGGUGUCGAAGUCACAUCGAAUUCCAAAGGCUUCUUACACAACAGAAGUAUAUCCUUGAUUUGCUUUAACGGACAAAUAUGUCACUAGCAAAAUCGCUAAAGACCCCAAUGGCUACAACAGAGAAACUAAGUGCCUUCACCGGUAAUCUUUUUGAAGACCCCUCUCUGUAUCGCAGCACUGUCAGAUCAUUGCAAUAUCUUUCAUUCACACGACCUGACUUAGCCUACGCCGUUGGCAAGGUAUGCCAAUACAUGCAUAAUCCCCGAGUUCCCCAUUGGCAGGCCGUAAAACGAAUCUUGAGGUACUUGAAACAUACAUCAACUAUUGGAUUGCAAAUUUCGCCGUCCUCAACCUUCAAGCUCAUAGCCUUUUUCGAUGCCGAUUGGGCAGGCUGCCCCGAUGAUUGGCGUUCCACAAGUGGGUUCUGUGUCUUCCUCGGUGCAAAUUUAGUUUCUUUGUCAUCUAAGAAACAACUCACAAUCGCUCGCUCCUUCACUGAAGUGGAAUUCAAAGCUGUCGCUAAUGCCACCACCGAAGUAAUAUGGCUCCAACAUCUAUGGCGUGAUCUAGAAAUUCCUCUCAACUGCCCACCUAUGGUCUACUGUGAUAAUAUGGGUGCCAUGUAUCUCUCAUUAAAUCCGGUUUUUCAUCCUCGCACAAAACACGUUGAAAUCGACUUUCAUUUUGUGUGUAAUCGUGUAAUCAACAAAUCUCUCCAAGUGGCAUUCAUUUUUGGAAAAGACCAAGUUGCCGAUGUUCUUACAAAACCAUUGUCUGGAACACGCUUUGCUCUUCUCUGUUCAAGUCUAUGUUUGCAUGCUCACUCACUGCUUGACUUGAGGGGGGUGUUAAGGAGCAGACUGUCACCACAGCAAAAGAAUCACAGCCAAAGGAUUUUAGUAGAAUCACGUAAUGGCUUCACCUUGUCUGCAUGAGCAGCGUGCAUCUCAUCCCUCUUGUAACAAACCGUACCUAGGCUAGAAUAUUCUUUGUACAGAACCUCUCUCUCAUUGUAGUUGUGCCUAUAAAAAGGCAUCACUGUAACGCUUCGAAUACACAUGAACAUACAUGUUUAAAAGCA